AUGAUUAGCACUUGGUAUAAACAUUUUCUUCGUCAGGUGGAAUACGAAAAAGUCACGGAGAAGAUGCUGUCAGGCCUCCUGGACGCCGCGUCCUCGAAUGCUGUAAAGCAAGACCAAGACAUAGAUUUUGUUGGAAUGUUGCUGGAGCUUGGGGAGAGCGUGAGUGUCUGCGUUGGGGUUGUACAAGCUCUGCUUUUCCCCACGACGGCCCCCCUGCACCCACUGCAACCCCCAUCCCUCCACACCCAUCCCUACGGCUGGCUGGCUCACUACGUCAAAAGGCUCGCAUGGCUGCAGGACGUGAGCCGCUCUCACCGCCGCGAGGAGGCUGCUUCCCAUGAGUUUGUUUCUCAGGAAAACUCAACGUCAACCAUUACUCCACCAGUCGAGCUCAGGAGGAACAAGGAAAUGUUCCAGCAGACGACGGAAGAUCAAACUUGA